AGCCAGGACAGGACGGGACAGAGCGGUGCUGUGAGGAGCCCCCGCACAGCGCACUCGUUCCUGUCUGACCCGGAGUUUUUCUGAGGUGUUGUUCCUGCAGCUGACCUCGAGGCCAGACUGUGGGACUUGCUGACCUGAGUCAUUUACCAGGAAUCUCCUGUCAUUGUGGCAGGAGCCCCCAAGAGCAGAGUGCAGGACUUGCUGUCCUGCAGCUAUCCUGAGACCUCUCUGUCUCAGAAAACUUCAAGGCACAACUGAAAUUGCUGACUUGGCAAUAUCCUGAGGCAUCUCUCUAGAAGGUGCCUUCAAGGCUGGAAGGUAGAAUGGCAGGCAGAUUUUUCAGCCUAUUCAAAUGCUUCCGGGGGAAAACUAAGAAAGGCCCUGGAGCUGCUUCAGGAGAGCAGCCUGAAGAGCCAGAGCAGAUCCAGACACUGCAGGAUGAUGCAGCCGUGGAGCGCACACAAGAGCAGCAAUCCAGCCGUGGCCGCUUCCGCAGAACAGCGCAGAUGUUCCGAAAAUUCCCGCGCAUUCGCCGUAGAGAGACUAACACCACUGCAGCUGAGGGCCCAGCUGAGCCUGACUCGGGGCUGACCCAGCUCCAGGCAGAGCCUGAUGUCAGCCCAGAUUCGGCUGGGCUCUCACAGGACUUGGACACCUCAGGGACUGAAACGUGGGCACAGGAUCUUCCCACAUCAGUGACUGAGGAUGCAGUCAUAACAAACACUGACAAUGAAGAGACUGAGGCCUUGAAAAAUACUGGUGCCAUGCCCACUCCCCUUGUGGUUUGUGCUUCCACUGUGCAUUUUUUCCUGGAGAGUGCUGUUCCUUAUCAGCAGCAGGUGCCAGCCAUGGUGAAGAAAAUCCACCAGAGUUUCAUGUCCCACAUCACUGUGGAUGCCAGUCUGCAAAGUGACAUUGUGAGGCUGGCUGAGGAACACCCUGCUGAUGUGGCGCUGACCCUCCUGCACUGUGCCCCAAUGUGUGACAGGUACGGGGCCCACGUGCCGUGA